UAUAUUGUUGUAAAAUGUUUAGUUACUGUAUAUUUUAGCUUCGCACAUAAAGAAAGAGGGAGAAACAGACAGACAGUGAACAGUGUAAGCAAACCUGUGAAGAUGCCGGUAAGUUCGACGAUGAUCGGAGCCCUACUGGGACUGGGGACCCAAAUGUAUUCCAAUGCCCUCCGCAAGCUCCCUUACAUGCGCCAUCCUUGGGAGCACGUGCUGGGCAUGGGAUUGGGUGUGGUGUUCGUAAACCAGCUUGUGAAAUGGGAUGAACAGCUGAAAGAGGACCUUGAUAAGAUGCUCGACAAGGCCAAGGCCGCCAACGAGCGCCGAUACAUUGAUGAAGAUGAUGAUUAGCUUGCAUCUCAGUGUGUUGUGGCAUGCUCAGACAGGAUCCAUGUUUUAAGAGAGUGUUAGGCCUUCUAAGUUGCAGGCACUUUUUGUUUUUAAUUUAAUGUUGAUAUGUUUGCAAGGUUGUCAAAACUUUCCUAUUUUUCUGGUAUUUUUUUGUGAUGCAUGGCAAUGAAAUGCUUCAUAUUGCAAAGCUGAAUGCUGUGUCUAGUGCGUUGUUAAUAAAUGAAAUGAAUUCAAUAGUUGUCCUA